AUGCGAUCGGAUUUGGUAGCGGUGCUGAGCGAGAGCACGCUGCGUGAAUACGCAGACGAGUGUACGCUCUUGCUCUCGCGCGCUUUUCCUGAGGAGCAGCGCGUGGACUGGGCGGAGGCACUCAGCAAAGAGGCUGCCCAGGCCGACGAGGCUGCGGACGCGGAGGCUGCCAAACCCAAGGCCCGCGAGGUGGUCACCAAGCUCGUGCAGUCGGCGACCGGUGUCGUCGAUGGUACAGAUCGCGAGGUCGAGGGCGUGUACAACCUGCUCAUGGCGCUGCUUCUGCAGUACUUUGACGAGGAUGACGCACAGUUCCAGGAUCUAGUCGGCCACCUGGUGCAGGUGGUCGGCGAUGCGCAGUCUUCGACGGCCAUGGAGCGCAGUGUGAUCAAAUAUCGUGUGCUGGCAAACAUCUUCAACAUGUUGUCAUCCACUAGCGCUCUGCGCCUCGCCGUAUUUGAGGCGCUGCUGGCGCUUGCGUCGGUCAACGGCGACAUGGACUUUUUGGAAAUGGCGCUCAAGUCGCUGCCUACGUGGCUGGCCCAGUGGAAUGUGAGUAUCGAGCAGAAGAGUGCAUGUCUUGGCCGCGUCGCUGAGGCGCUCCAGACUACCGACUGCCGGCUCGAGCAUAUCGACAAGGCGUACGAGUUUGAGCUGCUGCACCUCCGCUUCCUGUCAGCGGAGCCCUCUCUGCCCCAGGAAUUGCGUCAUUCCGCGGCCGAAAAGGCGGUCGCGAAUGUAUUGCGGCUUCCCAAGCUCUUCGAGAUGGAAGAGCUGCUCCAGGUGCCCGUUACGAUGGAGCUCGGCACGGCGCCUGUGUUGGCGCUGCUUAAGGUGUUUGUCAGCGGCACCCGCGCCGAUCUGGAGCAGUGGCUCGCGUCCAGUGAGGGAGCCUCGACGCUGCAGCGCCUCGCACUGGAUGAGAACGAUCUGCGCCACAAGAUGCGCCUGCUCGACCUGGCCUCCCUGUGUGCACAGAGUGUGUCAGCGGAGGUGUCCUACAAAGAUAUCGCGCAGGUCCUCGACGUGAACGUCGAUGACGUCGAGUCGUGGGUAAUUGACGUCAUCCGCGCAGGCUUGGUCUCCGGCAAGCUAUCGCAGGUAUCGCAGUCAUUCCGAGUGUACCGCUCUACAUACCGCACCUUUGACCACGCACAGUGGGCUUCGCUCGAGCAGCGCUUGACACAGUGGCAGUCGAGCAUCCAGACGCUGCUUCAGACAAUGGAGCAGGCCUGUGCGCCCAUGCCACAGGCACUGAAGCCCGACUCGACUAAGGAGGCCUCGGCUGAGGCACCCACCGCCGCUUAG